UCGUGCCUUCCGAUGGACAAGACACCGGCAUAAAAUACAGUGACUGAGAAAUCCAGUGUUCGAAGGUGAGUCGAAAAUCAAAAUCUAUGAACGGCACUCAUCGAGGCAAGAAAAAUGUCUUCAGCUUCGCUCUCUGAUCCCGAGUUCUCCCGUCUCUGCCGUCUGAUCAACGAUUCUCUCCACCCUUUCACCGAAUCAGAGAAUAUCUCUCUAAGCAAAGAAGAAGAGAAAAACCUUCUCCUCAUCCUAUCUCAGGUGUCAAAUGAAAUCCACCGCUUGAUUCACACGACUAACACCGCUUCUCCAUUAAACCCAUACUUAGAAAACCACCAAUUUUUAUCCAAAGCAAUAUCUCACCUGAUAACUAUAUUAACUCUCGAAAGCCGAUUCAUUCAACAUUUAGCUGGCAACGUUCUCGUGACCCUCUCUGAAUUUAUAGCUUUGUCUGGGAAAAGUUGGGACUUUUUAAUCCGUUCGCUCUGUAUUUGCUUUGAAUUCUCAAUCUCUAACAUAUCUUCAUGUUCAUUUGAACCUUCUAUUGGUGGAGUUGAAGGUUCAGAUUCGGAUUUGUUAUGUCUUGUAGGUUUAUUAAAGCCUAAGUUGAAAAAUGCUAGCUUGUUUACAGUAGCUGGAAUUAUUCGAAUUUUAAGAAAUAUACUGAAAAUUUUGAAGGAAGAGUGUGAUGAUGAGCUUGUUCAAGUGUUUUUAAAUUUGAUUCGUUUUGGUAUUUUGAAUGUGCCUUGGGAUUCUAUGGAUGAGAUCUUUCGUGGAAAUGGUGGUGAAGAUGAUGAGCUAAGAAUUGUGUUCUUAGGGAAUUUUAUUCAGUUUCUUUGUUCAUUGGUUGAGCAGUUUAGUUUUGUGGAAGGGUUAGAUGAUUCCCUGGAUAAGCAUGUGAUUCUUUUGAAAAUUAUCAACCUUAUGCCCAAACUUCUAUAUUGGUGCCUUGGCAAGAAAGGGGAGUGUGUUAAUACGUGCAUCUCUCGGUACUUCAGGCACAAGUUAUUGGUUUUGAUGAUCAGGCUCAGUUUCCAAAUACCCCUAGAUUGUAUGGUUCUUGUUUCCUGGUUUCAGCUUCUCCAUGAGUACUUUCAAGAGCUUUUAUGCCAACCUUUAACUGAAGUUGAGUAUCAGUAUGAUUGUCUAGAAGACUCUCCUUUUAUGUUAAGUAUUACUGAUGGUGAAGUACAUAGUAUGCACUCUUGCCAUUUACAAAGACAGGCCAUUUUUCUUCUCUUGAGGUGUUGCUUCAGUUUGAUAAAUCCAAGAAAAGACACUGGCAUGCAUUGUCCUAGUGCAAUUUUAAAGUCAGGCUUGAGUUUUGACAGAAUUCCAGAUAUGAGUUGUUAUGGUAGAAAGAAAGGUUUAUUAGAGCUUUAUACAUGGCUUUCUGAACAUCUGCCUGUCGAUAUGCUUGUGGACCGUGAAACGUACAUGGAGAAAUGCAUAAGCUUUUCAUUUUCCUUCCUCAAACUGUACAUGCAUGAGGAUGAUGUGUUAUUCAAAUUGCUCUUGCAACUGCUUUCUGUGCAAGCUUGUGAAGAACAACAAUUCCCUGAAGAAAGAUGGGAAUCUCAAGAUAUGAGAGAAGAUGUUCUUUUUCAUGUUUCAAAUAUAUUUAAUCCCAUACACCUAUUUCAUCUGUUCCUUGCUGAGUUGCACUAUGACCAUCAAGUGCUUCUUGAUUAUCUUAUCUCAAAAGACACAGGAAUUAGUUGUGCAGAAUAUCUCUUAAGGUGCUUGCGCAUGGUAUGUGAUUCAUGGCAAAUAUUUACAAAAUUUUCAGUGUAUGGGGAAGUUAAAAAUCAAUCUUAUUGCAAGAGAAGAAAAGUUUCAUCAGAAAGCUCCAAAUCUCAGAUAGAGCCAUCAUCCGGACCUGCAAAAUUUGUUCCUUUAUACCUAGAGAAGAAAUUUAAGAGUGACCUUGAAUAUAGAACUGGGGAACAGGCGUAUCAGCAAGCGAAAGACUGCUUGCUUUCUCUGAAAAAUUCCAUGGAGAACCUUCACCUGAAGAACUUGUUUCCAUAUAAUCCAGAAGUGCUUUUAAAACGCUUAACAAGAUUUCAGGAACUCUGCUUUAAGCAGUAGGAUGAUUACAUUUUGAAGAAUGGAAGGCCUAUUCAGCACGACUCUGACCUCAUUGAGGCAGUUCAUUCAAAGGAAAAAUGGACGUAUUACAAACGGAUUUUUAUGAGGCUAAUAAUCUUUCUUUUUUGUUUGACAACAACAAAGAGCACGAGAGAGAAGAAAUAUUUGAAGACUGUUUCUAUGUGCAGCUAACCAAGGAAGAGCAGUGAAAGGAGCAGUACUCGCCGUGGAUGGAGGGAAGAUGCCUAUAGAAUUGACAGAUGCCUUAACCUAAACAUAGAAAUCAAUUAUGGUUUGGAACUUAUUUACUAUUUAUUUAGAAAUUUAUGGGCUUUGGUGGACUUCAUUCUACUUCAAAGGGCAAACGACAAGAAACAGCCAAUCAGGCCUUCUAUGACUCCUGAUCAACUUGAUAUGCUACUAUUUGAAAAAGUUUAAUUCAUGUAAGUAUUAACUAUAAUUAAAUUUAAAUGUUAUACAAAUUAAUUUUCCAUGUUGACAACUAUUUACUAAAAUGUUUAC